GCAGCCCUGGCACAUCAUUCAUUGCGAUUGGCCAAAACAAGAUGAGCACGCCGGCUAAAAACAAUGGCACUGGCCUGGAGGACGUCAAUAUACCGGGUCAGGCAUUUCUACGCGAGGCACUCACCUCCUGCACAGAUCCACUGAAGGCCAUCGAGAGUUUCCAGCUGGAGAAUGGAGUGCUGCUGCCAUCGCUGCGUCCAAUGUUGCCCCUGCUCGAUUUGCACGGUGUGCGCCGCUUGGACUUUCAUACGUCGCUGAUGGAGGAGCUGCGCGACAAGCUGAUCGCCCACAUCAACGAGCUGGGCCAGAAGGAUGUACGGGAGCGCGAAAAGAAACUGAAGGAGCUGCUCGUCAAGAGUUUUCCCGUGGUGCGUGUCAAAUACUUGCGUCCCGUUGUGAUGGCCAUCCUCCGGAACACCCAGCACAUCGAUGAUAAGUAUCUGCGGGUGCUGGUCCGCGAUCGCGAACUGUACGCGGACACCGAUACCGAGGUGAAGCGUCAGAUUUGGCGCGACAAUCAAUCACUGUUUGGGGACGAGGUGUCGCCGCUGCUGUCGCAGUAUAUCCGGGAGAAGGAGCACAUUCUGUUCGAUCACAGCAAUCUGAGUAAUCUGUUCUUUCAGCCGACGCCGAAGGUGCGCAGACAGGGCGAGGUUGUCCAGAAGCUGGCCAAAAUGAUCGGGAACAGCGUCAAGCUGUAUGACAUGGUGCUGCAGUUCCUCCGCACGCUGUUCCUGCGCACACGCAACGUCCACUAUUGCACGCUGCGGGCAGAGCUGUUGAUGGCGCUGCACGAUCUUGAGGUGCAGGAGAUCAUCUCGAUUGAUCCGUGCCACAAGUUCACCUGGUGCCUGGACGCCUGCAUCCGUGAGAAGAAUGUGGACAUUAAGCGUUCGCGGGAGCUGCAGGGAUUCCUCGACAACAUCAAGCGGGGCCAGGAGCAGGUGCUGGGCGAUCUCUCGAUGACCCUCUGCGAUCCGUAUGCUAUCAAUUUUCUGGCCACAUCGGCCAUCAAAAUACUCCAGCAUCUGAUCAACAAUGAUGGCAUACCGCGGGACAAUCAGAUCCUGAUCCUGCUGCUUCGCAUGCUGGCGCUGGGUCUGAGCGCCUGGGUGAUGAUCGACUCGCAGGACUUCAAGGAGCCCAAACUGGACGGCCAGGUGGUGACCAAGUUUCUGCCCGCCCUCAUGUCCCUAAUGGUGGACGAUCAGUGUCGCAGUCUGCACGCCAAACUGCCGCCCGACGAGCGGGAAUCCGCUCUGACAAUCAUCGAGCACUCGGGUCCGGCACCCAAUGCUGUCGAGGCCUACAUCCAAGAGAGCUCCGUUGCCAGCAUCCUCUCCAUGUACUACACACUACACACGGCCCGCAGUCGGGAUCGUGUGGGUGUACUGCGGGUCCUGGCCAUUUUGUCCGGCUGCAAGGAUGAUCGUGCCUACGAGGAUCCCUUCCUGCACUCGCUGAUUGCGCUGCUCAUACCGAUGAGCGAGGAGUUCGCCACAGAGGACUUUUGCACCACACUCUUCGAUGAGUUCAUCUUCGCGGGUCUGACCCGGGAGAAUGUCACCUCGCGGCACAUGCUCAAGCUGUUGUGGUAUGUCUACAAUAAGCUGCCCGCCGGUCGCCUGGCGGCCCUGAUGAAGGCCAUGCAGCCGACGACGGCGCACAACGAACACAUCCACAAGCUGUACGAGACGCUCCAGGAGCGCAUCGGAUCCGUUGCGGCGCCGGAGACGCCCACCGUUGAUCUGCCGCCGGUGGACUUUGAUUCGCCACUGAAAAGUGUGCCCACUCCGGGACCCCAUUACAGCUCCCAAUAAUCCCAUGUAUAGACAUAUAUGCGUAAUUUAAGAAAACCUAGUCGUCUCGAGAAUAGUUUAUAGAUUCUCUCAAAAAUAAUUAUAUUUACAAAAUAUACACAAAAAAUUAUAUUCAAUGAAUGUAAAAACAGAAACCUUUAGAAUUUACGCGAAUUUAGGAUUUACUGGAUUUACGGAAUACACUUCCCAGCCAAUAGGGUAUAUAUAUAUAUA